AUGUUCGUUCAGCCAUCCCUACCCUUUCUCCUCAUGGCACUAUUCGCAACAGUAUCCUUCAUCUCUGCCUUCCCCCUGACCUCCUUCGACUCGACACUUCUCCUGCCUCGGGACACAAACACCACCUCUCUCCACCAGCUCCAAUCAUGCCUCUCCAACAUCCCUGGCUCUCCACAAAUCUCAUACCCGUCCUCCCCCACCUUUCGUGGCCUCUCAUUAUCCUAUAACCCCCUCUUCCCAUACUCACCCCUCCUCAUCGCCCUUCCCAGCACCGAAGCUCAACUCACCUCCAUUAUCCGCUGCACAUCUUCCCAUCAUGGCUCUUAUAAGCUUUCGCCUCGAUCAGGCGGUCAUUCGUACACAUCCUAUUCACUUGGUGGAUCGGACGGCUCUGUAAUCAUCGACCUCUCCCAUCUAUCCAAGAUUCGCAUCGACCAUGAGAAAAAACAAGUCUCGGUGGGAACUGGCGUACGACUGGGCACUCUCGCUCUUACCCUCGAUGAAGCCGGAUUUGCGCUACCCCAUGGUUUGUGCCCAAUGGUAGGUAUUGGAGGACAUGCACUUGGAGGUGGAUUUGGCUUUACAACCCGAGCAUGGGGUUUCUUGUUGGAUAGAAUAACCGAGAUGCGGAUCGUGGAUGCUCAGGGUGUGGUUAGGGUGGUUAAUAAGGAUAGUAAGGGGGAGGAGGAGCGUGAAUUGUGGUGGGGUUUGAGAGGAGGCGGGGCGAACCAGUUUGGGAUUGUUACACAAUUCACCUUUUCUCUCGAAACCGCACCAAGUCAAGUUCUCAACUAUGUGUAUAGCUAUAGGAGCAAUGAAGAUUGCGCUAAAGCAAUCAUCGCACUGCAGACCCUUACUCUCUCUCCUACGCCACUUACAGGACUGGAGCCGGACUUGGGAGGAAGACUACUCCUAGCGGGCAAAAGAGCUGGUGAUUUCAACAACAACGCAUGCCAACUUUACGGUCAACAUCUCCACUCGUCCCGCUCACACCACGAUUCUAUCAUCGCUCGCUUUCACACUCUCGCUGGAAUAUCACCCACGCAAGUAUCUAUUAAACCGUUUACUAAGUGGGCCAAAGCCUUAGAGGACAUUAUGGGCUCACUCGACAUCAAUCACCGUAGCCCAGAAAGCGACCACGAACAAUUCUAUGCAAAAUCUCUAAUCCAACCCCCCAUUCCCACCUACACCUACACCUCUGCCCUUGCCCUCGUAGCCAAACUGGAUAACUACGCUGGUCUACAAGCAACGGGCAACACGAUACAACUCGACUUUCUAGGUCCACUUUCCUACCCUUCCUCCCAAGCGGAAAGAGUGACGGGCGAGGCGGUUUUCAAUGCGAGGAAGGCUGGAUUUCUGUAUCAAUUCUACUCCUACGGUUUCCCUUCCAACGACAAGAAAAAAGCACAGCAAGAGGUGUAUAAGGCGUUUGAUGAAUUGGUGGAUACCGCCAAGCAAAGUGCCACUGCGAAAGGGGUCGAGUGGGCUUCCUACGUCAACUACGUCGAUAGCCGACUCAAAGAUUGGGGUAAGGAGUACUACGGGGUGGGAGUGGAGAGACUUAAGCGGUUGAAAAGCAGAUUGGAUCCUGAAGGCAUGUUUUGGUUCCCUCAAUCGAUCACUAAUGCAUAA